UAUUAUUAUUAUUAAUACAGCAAAAAAUAAAGCAAUUUAAAAUAAAUAUAAUUGUAAUAUACAAAGGAAAUAUUAUACAAAAGCUAGUGCGUUAGUAUUUACACUAAAAAAAGCUAUUUAAUUUAGCCACAAAGAAAUUAAAGAAGCAAUAUAAUAAAUAAAUAUCUUGUGUGUCUUUUUUUUACUUUUAUGUAUAUGUCUCCUUCCGUUCAUCAUUAUGUUUGUUGUUGUGUUGUUAAAAACAUCACAUAAAGAGUAGAGAGCGAGAAGAUAUUAAAUGAAAAGUGUAAAAAUAUUUUUGUUUUGAAAAUAAAGGAAGUUAAUAAGAAAAAUUAAAAUAUCAAAAAUAAACAACAACACAACUUAAUAAAUAAGCCAAGGAAGAAAAAUUAUAAACAUGUUUAAUACUGUUGUUGGCUGUUUCAGUUUUUAUUAUAAAUAAAAAUUCUUAAUACAUAAAAUACAAAAAAAAAGAAUACAAAAAAAGUUCAAAUUGAAAGAAAAUUAUAAAAGAAAUCAUAAAAAUUAUCUGUCUCUGAGAGCCAAGGAAGGCAGCUGUUUGUGUGUGUGCUUUCGUGCGUGUUUGUUGUUGGUAAAGAGAUGCUAAUAAAGUCGACUGGGCCGUGGGUGCAGUCGACGUCUGCGUCUACGUCGAAAAUGCCGGUUUUGUCGUUAACGUCGUUGUCUUCGCGUAAUGUUGCCAUCACGUUUUCUAUGUCAAGUGUUGUAAAUUGCAAAAUGUUGUUUAUUUACUUUGUGUUAAUUUUAACAAAUUGCAUGAGUUGGAGUGCUGGUGGCGGUGUCGGUAGUGUUUUAGCCUCCAGCAUUAGUGAGCCCAAGGCAAAAAGUGCUUUUCUGCAUGCCGGUGAUAUUUCGGAAACGCAUAAAUUUAGUGCUACUUUCAACAACAACAAUGGUGCCGAUGAUGCCCCCAACACUACGCCAGCUGCAACGCCUGCGCCCCCAAAUGCAGCAGCAACAUCUUCCGUUUCCUCUGUGAAACAGGAUUUCGUUUUACAUCCUUUGGGCGCUGCUGGUGUUGGUGGUGGUAGUGGGGCUAGUGGUGGUGGUGGUGUAGGUGCUACAGCAACUGGUAGUGCUAGUUCUCGUUUCAAUGUGGAUUUACGUCGUUCUAGUGUUAGUUCAACUGGUGCCAUACAAUCACCCACCACUUUUAUAGGUAGUAGUGGCAAUGCUGGUGCUGUGGCUGCUAGUAGUGGUCAUAAUCAUCAUCAAAUACGUCGCAAACCACAGCAGUUGUCAUCAUCAUCAUCAUCUUUAUCCUCAACUAAAUCAGCGUUUGAUGAAAAAAAAACUUGUCCACCAUCUUAUUACACAUGCAACGAUGGCAAAUGCAUACCAAUGCGCUGGAAAUGUGAUUCUAAACCAGACUGUGAUGAUGGCUCUGAUGAGACUAUUGGUUGUGCCAAUGCUUCCAAAUGUAAUGAAGGUCAAUUCCAGUGCAGUGUCACACAUAAAUGUAUACCCAAUAAUUGGGUAUGUGAUGGUGAAUAUGAUUGUGGUACCUCGGAUGUAUCGGAUGAAAUUAAUUGUCAUUCGGAUGCAUUAAAAUGUCGUUCCUAUCAAAGUGAAUGCAGCAGUGGAAUGUGUUUGGAUAUAUCGAGAUUUUGUGAUGGCAAAUGGGAUUGCAGUAAUGAUGAAGUGAAAUGUGAUAACCAAGAAGCUCAGUGUGCCACCUUAAAUUGUUCAUUCAACUGCAAGUUAACACCCCAGGGUCCCAAAUGUUAUUGUGCACCCGGACAGGUGCCUGUCAAUGUAACACAAUGUAUGGACUUCGAUGAAUGUUCUAUUGAGGGCAUGUGCGAUCAGCUGUGUCGCAAUACGCCUGGUUCCUACGAGUGUUCUUGUGUUUCGGGUUAUGUGAAGCAAAAGAAUCAUUGCUAUGCCAUUAAUGUGCCCAAAGAUGAGAUGGCUUCUUUGAUAUUCCUUACGCAGUCGAAUGUGCGUCGGAUUAAUCCCUACAAUGGUACGCUGUUAGCUAAUUUGAAUUCGAACGAUAUAUCGGCAAUUGAGAUUUGGCAUCGUAAUCGCACUUUGUGUGCAAUGUACUCGAGUCCCUGGACAGCGGUUGAUAUGAAAUGUUAUCGUAUCGAUGAUUUCAAUGUAACAUGGUCGAUGCCUUUGCCGGAACUAAUUACGAGUACACACUCAAUCGAUAAAUUACGUCUCGAUUGGAUAACUGGCAAUUGGUAUUUUUUGAGUAAUGAGCCUGGUUUAAUAUUUAUGUGCACCAAUACAAUGCAAUACUGUAGCAUUAUAUUGCAGGAUGUACAGAAUCCCUCAUCAAUGGUUUUGGAUCCCACAAAAGGUUUCAUAUUUUUCACCGAAUGGAGUCCCAGUUUAUCACGCUCCAAUCUAGAUGGCACAAAUCGUACCAUAUUGGUUUCCACACAAAUUUAUUAUCCCAGCCGCUUGACAUUGGAUUUACCCAAUGAACAUGUCUAUUGGAUUGAUAUCUAUAAAGAUUUUGUGGAGAGAGUCGAUUAUGAAGGACGAAAUCGUUGGGCCAUGAAAAAAACAUCAGAUACACAUGUGCCCUUAAAAUCGUUGCAUGCCGUUGAAGUAUUUGAAAAUACCGUCUAUUUAGCACCAUGGAGUGAUACGGUUAUUGUUGCCAUGGAUAAAUACACAUUAACGGCCAAGCAGAUCGUUAAAGAUGUCAAACGUCCGUAUGACUUUAGAAUAUUUCAUCGUCAAAAACAGCCCGAGGUUGCUCAUCCUUGUCGCGAUAACAAUGGUCUAUGCAAUCAGAUUUGUGUACCAAUGUGGACAAAGGGAUUUGCUCGUGCAACCUGCAUGUGCUCACAUGGUUAUAAAUUACGCAAUAAUACCGAAUGCGUAUUUGAGCAUUUUGAUAAAUUUCUAAUUCUGGCUCGACAACGUUUGGCCAGUAUAGCGGGCAUACCACUAAAUCAAGCUGGCCGACAUACGAACCAGCAGGAUGAGUCGGAUGCCUCUGUUGCUGCUGUGGAAGAUGCCAUGGUGCCUAUUUACAAUGUUACUUGGAUAAUGCCAACCGACAUUAAUGUUCAUCAUAAAUUAGUUUAUUAUGUGCAGCAAGAAAGAACUGGCUAUAAAAUAUUAAGUCAAUCAACUGAUGGUCUACAACGCAAAACGCUAACAAAUGGCACGGAAGGUAUUUCCGUUUUGGCUUAUGACUGGCUAUCGGCCAAUCUGUAUUGGGGUGGUAUUGAGAGUUUAUAUGUGGCUCCUGUUGCGAAUAUGUCGAAAAUUGUUACCUUGCCUUUGAAAGCAGAAGCCAUGUGCUUAGCCUUAAAUCCUAUUGAUGGCCUCAUGUUCUGGUCUCAUUGGACGACUAACAAUAAGAAGGCUUCAAUCUAUCGUGCCUGGUUAGAUGGUUCUCAUCGUGAUAUGCUGAUAGAAUCUACGGAUGAUAAACCUAUGAAAUGGCCUUUAAGUUUGGUUGUUGAUGUGCAGCAUAAGAAAUUGUAUUGGUGCGAUGUCAAAGAGAGCACCAUAGAACGCAUGAAUUUCGAUGGUGCCGAUCGUGAACUCAUCUUUAAAGAUGAUCGAUAUCAUCCCAUAUCAAUUGCUUUCCACAAGGGUACCGUUUACUGGGUGGACAACAAGAAUGGCUCUGUCAAAACGUUUUCCAUACAUCAUCUAAGUGGCACAGUCAAAAAUAACUCUCUAUCACAGCUGUUUUCUUUUGAGCGUGGACGCACUUCCAAGCUGAAAAUAUUUGAUAUCAACAGUCAACCCACAGCCUUAAGCAAUGCCUGUGCCAAAACCAAAUGUCCUGGUAUAUGUUUCAAUACGCCGAAUACCUCAAUCUGUCGGUGUCCAGACAAGUUUUCUCUAAAUGGUACCGGAGCUCAGUGUAUACCAUAUCCAAAGGAUACCGAUGUGAAAGUGAAAAACUGUACGACAGGAUUUCAAUGUCUGAAGUCGCCACAAUGUGUUGAUGUCAAGGAUUUGUGUGAUGGCUUCGAUGAUUGUGAUGAUGGCAGUGAUGAAAGUAAUGCUGCAGAGGGUCCUUGUAAUCCCAAGAAGUGUGAUUUAAAUUUGCAUUUUGUUUGCAAUGAGCGCUGCUAUCAACGUUCGCUGCUGUGUAGUUCGAUAAACUAUUGUUUGGAUGGCACAGAUCAGCAAAAUUGUGAAACGCAUUCGUGUAAUAUGAACGAGUUUACUUGUGCGAAAAGUGGUAAAUGCAUACAAUUGUCUUGGGUUAAUGAUGGUAUGGUGGAUUGCGGUCCCGAUGAUUCUUCGGAUGAGGAAGGUGAAGAUUUGUUCGAUGAGAAAUGUGCAGAAUUCGAGUGUCAGAAUGGAGCAUGUCGACCGUUUUCGGAUGUCUGUGAUGGUGUCGAUCAGUGUGGCGAUAAUUCAGAUGAACUUUCCUGUGAGUUUGAAUGUGGACCAGGAGAACGUUAUUGCAUACCCGUUGGUUGCUACGAUGAGACCCAUAUGUGCGAUGGCAUACACGAUUGCUUGGAUUUCAGCGAUGAAGCCAAUUGUAAUGAAACCAAAUCGGAUCAUCAUGUUAUUGAUUUGGGUGAAGCCCACUAUUGCGGACCCUUUGAAUUUGGCUGCUCUGAUCCUUUCGAAUGUAUACCACAUUUCUUUAAAUGUGAUGGCAUUCCCCAUUGUUUCGAUAAAUCUGAUGAAAUUAAUUGCACCCAAAUUAAAACGAAUCCUUUCGAAUUCAAUGAAACCAUGAUCUGUGAACCGCCCGAACGUUUGUGUGCCGUCUCCAAUAAAUGUAUAGCAGUGCAUCAGCUUUGUGACGGCAAAAUUGAUUGCGAGGAUACCACAGAUGAAGGAUUUUUAUGCGAUGACAAGCUAUGUGAGCGUUCCCAUGAAUGUUCUCAUUACUGCCAUAAUGCCCCGGAGGGUUUCAUUUGCUCCUGUCCGACCCACAUGUAUUUGCUGCCCAAUGGCAAGCGCUGCAGUAUGCAGCAUGCCUGUGAUCAUUGGGACUCUUGUUCGCAAAUCUGUGCCAACAUGGGCAAGGGUUAUGAGUGUAAAUGUUUUGAGGGCUAUGACUUGCAAUAUGAUCGUUUUACUUGCAAAAGUACAGCCGAAGACGAUCCAUAUGUAAUUUUCACCAAUCGCCAGGAAAUAAGGGGUUUAAACUUGAAAAAGAGCACCAUAAGCAAUUUUUAUACUUCCCUGAGAAAUACCAUAGCCUUGGAUUUUCUAUACAACAAUGAAUCUAGUCAAAUAUUUUGGACUGAUGUUAUAGACGAUAAAAUCUAUAGAGGUAAAUUAGUGGGAGAAGCUUUACAUAAAGUUGAGGCAGUGGUACAUUCGGGGCUUUCAACUACAGAAGGUUUGGCGGUGGAUUGGAUUGGCAUGAAUCUAUAUUGGAUAGACUCUAAUCUAGAUCAAAUAGAGGUGGCUAAACUAAAUGGAAGUUUCAGGCGUACUUUGAUAGCUGGAGAUAUGGAGAGUCCUCGAGCUAUAGCUUUAGAUCCUCGUGAAGGUCUGCUGUUCUGGACAGAUUGGGAUGAUAAUUAUCCUCGCAUAGAGAGAUGCUCCAUGGCGGGCAAACAUAGGCAAGCUAUUACCACUACAUCGAUGGUAUCGGCUGGUUGGCCUAAUGGUCUAUCAUUGGACUACACACAGAAACGUGUAUACUGGGUAGAUGCCAAAUCGGAUUCGAUUUAUACCAUAAAAUAUGAUGGUUCCGAUAUACAUUUGGUGCUAAGAGAUCGCGAGAUAUUAUCACAUCCCUUUGCCAUAACAGUAUUUGAAAAUUAUGUUUAUUGGACUGAUUGGAGAACGACCUCAGUGAUAAGGGCCAACAAAUGGAAUGGCACCGACAUACAAGUUAUACACAGAACACAAACUCAACCGUUUGGUAUACAAGUUUUACACUCGAGUCGCCAGCCUCAGGCAGACAAUCCCUGUGGUGAGAACAAUGGUGGUUGCUCGCAUUUAUGUUUAUUAGAUGUUAAGAAAACCUAUCAAUGUGCUUGUCCCCAUGUUAUGCGUUUAGAUCCUACGGAUAAUCGUACCUGUGUAGCUAAUGAGCAAGUGCUGCUGUUUAUAAUGGGAGAUGAAAUUAGAGGCAUUGAUUUAAUGCAACCCAUUCACCAUACCAUACCCACCAUACGUCAAUCGCCUCAAGUAUUGGCUCCCCAGCGUAUUGAUUUUACGGUGGAGGACAGUAGAUUAUAUUGGUCGGAUGUUCAAUUGAAUGAGAUAAAAACGGCUGGCAUAUCAAAUGGUCUCAUAGAUACCAUUAUUAAUACAGAUAUACAAAACCCAUUUGGUUUUGCCAUAGAUUGGAUAGCUAAGAAUAUGUAUUUCUCUACGGGUAAAGUGAAAAGCGAUAUCUGGGCUAGUAAUCUGAAAGGAGAGUAUGUUACGGAAAUUUUAGCGGAUCUCAAUAUGGUAGAGAGCAUAGCUUUGGAUCCAGUCAAUGGUAAAAUGUAUUGGAUAUCUUCGGCCCGCAAUUCUCAAAUUUGGCAAAUUGAACAAAGUAAUCUGGAUGGCAGUGAUCGUCAGAGCAUAUUUGAGCACAACAAAACAUUGGCCUCUCUAACCGUAGACUUUGAUUCUUCACGUUUGUAUUAUGUAUAUGACAAUUCUGGUAUUUCCUAUUAUGACAUUGCCACAAAAACCAUACACGUGGUAUUGGCCUCCAGUGAAGUAAUGACCAUUAGUGCGGUAACAGUCUACAAUGGCACUUUGUAUUUCCCCGAAAAUAUCCAAAGUGUUAUAAUGUCCUGCGAUAAAGACUCGUGUCCGGAGUAUUUUAUGUUACGUAAAAAUACCAAAUCUAUACAAUAUUUGAAAAUGUUUUAUGCUGAAGCACAACAGGGUACCAACACCUGCGCUGGUCCCUUGAAAGGCGGCUGUUCGCAUUUGUGUUUAGCUAUAUCUUCUAAGGAACAUGUAUGUGGUUGUUCCAUAGGUUAUCGUGUAGAUCCAAAUAAUCCUACCCAGUGCAUUGGCUUGGAGGAGUUCCUGUACUACUCCAAUCACGAGUUGAAAGGUAUUGAAGUUUAUAAUCCUAGUAAAACUUUGGAUGAACAGGGACAGAAAAUGGCUUUAGGACCCAUUUCACGUAUUUCCUUGGCUUCCUACAUAGACUAUCAUGCUGCCAAGGAUUAUUUGUACUGGGGUGACAAUGACAGCGGUACUAUUUCACGCAUAAAGCGAGAUGGUACCCAACGUGAAGUCAUCAUACAAUCGCCCGAAUGGAUGGAUAAUAAACAAUUAGAUUGGUUGGGCGGUAUAGCCAUCGAUUGGAUAGCAGAAAAUAUCUACAUCAGUGAUGUAAAGCGUAAUGUUAUUGAAGUGGCUCGUCUGAAUGGAUCUUAUCGUCAUGUUAUCAUUUCCAAUGUUGCAAAACCCAGUGCCUUGGCUAUAGAUCCCGUACAGGGUUUAUUAUUCUAUGUUGCAGAUGGCAUUAUUGGACGUACGGGUCUGGAUGGCUCCCAGCCAUUUAUCUUGGUGAAUCAUCAGAAAAUCGUUACCAGUUUAGUGUUGGAUAUUGAGGCUACAAAAGUAUAUUGGUGUGAGACGCCCAAGAAUGCCAUUGUGCAACCGGCCAUAAUGAAAGUCGACUAUGAUGGCAAUGUCAAGGAGGUGCUGUUGAAUCAUACUUUGGAAUAUCCUACGACAGUGGGUAAAUUGGAUGAUUUCAUUUACUGGGCGGAUAAUAAUUACAAUAAGGGAACUUUCAAAGUGGCCAGCAUGGAUAAUUUGACUGACUUUAAAGAGCUGAAACGCUUUGAAGGUUAUUCCAUUAAAGACAUGAAAAUUUUCUCGAAAAGACUACAAAAAGGCACUAAUUUAUGUGCUGAGAACAAUGGUGGUUGUCAGGAACUGUGUUUGUUUAAUGGUACUUCAGCCAUUUGUGCCUGCUCCCAUAGUCGUGUGGCCAGCGAUGGUUUAUCCUGUGAGCCUUAUGAUAGUUUUCUGUUAUUCUCCCAUCGCAGCACAAUAGAGAGUGUCCAUCUCACCGAUCAUACAGACAAAAAUGGACCAGUGCGCAGUAUACGUAAUUCCACAAUGAUGGUGAAUGUUAUAGCCCUAACCUAUGACUAUGAAAACAGCGUGUUGUAUUACUCGGAUAUGGUCUUGAGCACCAUAAACUCAGUGAACUUUAAUGGCAGCAAUAAUCGGGUGCUGGUUAGUCAUCAAGGUCGCGUAGAGGGUUUGGCAUUUGAUAUUGUCAAUGAAAUGUUAUUUUGGACUUCUAAUAAUGACGCUUCCAUAUGCAGUUUGGAUCUACAUUAUAUCCAUGAAAAUCCCGAUAAUAACACUCAGCUGGUCAGCCGCAUAAGGGUAUUGAAUUCCAAGGAUAAGCCUCGGGGCAUUGCGGUAGAACCUUGUUUAGGCAUGAUCUACUGGACCAAUUGGAAUGAAGAAGCUCCCUCUAUACAGCGUGCUUAUGUUACAGGAUUUGGUUUGGAAUCGAUUAUAAAGAAGGAUAUUAAAAUGCCAAAUGCCAUUACUUUGGAUUUAGAGGAUCAAAAACUGUAUUGGGCUGAUGCCCGGAUAGAUAAAAUUGAACGAUCUAAUUAUGAUGGCUCUCACAGAGUGAUUCUGGCACAUUCUACACCCAAACAUCCGUUUGCCAUAGCUGUUUAUGGUGAUCUAUUGUUCUGGUCUGAUUGGGUUUUGGGGGCUUUGGUAAGAGCAAAUAAAUAUACCGGCUCGGAUAUGGUAUUGUUGAGAGAUCAUAUUGAACGUCCCAUGGGUGUGGUGGCUAUACAGAAUACCACCGUUAACUGUGAUUCCAAUCAGUGCAAGAUAUUAAAUGGCGGCUGUGAAGAUGUGUGCAUCUUGAAUAAGAAUGGCACUGCCAGUUGUCAAUGCACUCGCGGCGUUUUGGCCUCGGAUGGCAGAAGAUGUAUACAGCAAUUGAACACCAAAUGUGAAAAGAAUCAAUUCCCCUGUCGUUCGGGAGAAUGCAUACCCUUGCACUUGACCUGUGACAGUAUUUCCCAUUGUCUGGAUGGCUCCGAUGAAUCGCGCAGUUACUGUAUAAUACGAGUGUGUCCCAAUGACUUUUUCAUGUGCAACAAUCAUCGUUGCAUACCACAAAAUGAAACUUGCGAUGGUGUACAUCAGUGUGGUGAUGGUUCCGAUGAAUCGGAAUUGAUUUGCAAAUGUGAACCGGAGAAGUUUAGAUGCGGCAGUGGUGAGUGUAUAUCCCAGCAGUUUGUAUGCGAUCAGGUGCGUGAUUGCAAAGAUUUUAGUGAUGAGAAACAUUGUCCCGCCUCUGAGUGUCCUGCAGGUGAUGCUCUCUAUGAACACUGUCCCAAUUCGACAGCCUGUAUAAUGCCCGUGUGGCGCUGUGAUGGUGAUAACGAUUGUCCCGACGGCAGUGAUGAACAAAACUGUGAGCAUGUUACUAAAGUAGCCUGUGGACCGGGUCAGUUCCAGUGCUCCAAUGGUCGUUGUAUUAACGAGAAGUGGCGCUGUGAUGGUGAAGAUGAUUGUAUAGAUGCGGUGGCUGGAAAUUUCAGUUCCGAUGAAGUGGGCUGUAAGUUACAGUGCAAACCAAAUGAGUUUAGAUGUGACAACAUGUGCAUACCAGCUAGUUGGCAAUGUGAUGCCAAACCCGACUGUGAAGAUGGUUCGGAUGAGGGAGCCCAAUGUCCCAAUCGAGUUUGUAGACCUCAUUUGUUCCAGUGCAAAUCAUCAGGCCGUUGUAUUCCACAGAAAUGGGUAUGUGAUGGUGAACGCGAUUGUCCCAGUCCUGGGUUUGAAGAUGAGGGUGAGCAUUGCGCAGUGGCCUCAGUGCCCCAUAUACCCGACUGUGUCGCUCCUUCCUUUUUAUGUUCCUCUGGUAUUUGUUUGGAUCGCCAUUUGGUAUGUGAUGGAGAUCAUGAUUGUCCCAAUGGCGAGGAUGAGUACGAAGAUUGUGUCCAUUUUAAUUACACACAAGUCUGUUUGGAAGAAGUGGAAUUCCAGUGUCAUAAUUUAGAAUGUAUAGCCAAAAACCUGACCUGUAACUCCCGUCCUGAUUGUUCUGAUGCUUCCGACGAGUCACUGGACUUGUGUGGUGAAUCUACCAUGUCUUGUGGUCAUGGCCAGUAUCAAUGCAAGAAUGGUGCCUGUGUUUCGGAGGACUUUUUGUGUGAUGGGCGUAAUGAUUGCGGCGAUUUCUCCGAUGAAUCUUUGUGUAAUGUCAAUGAAUGUCUGACGCCCGAUAUAUGUGAACAUGUGUGUAUAGACAAGAAAAUUGGUUACGAAUGUCAGUGUGAUCCUGGAUACAAGUUACACGCCAACAACCACCACUUAUGCGAUGAUAUUGAUGAAUGUAGUGGGCCACAUCACUGCUCGCAAAUCUGUGCCAAUACUUAUGGUUCCUACAAGUGUUUGUGCAUGAAAGGCUAUGAACUGAAGGAUGAUCAACACACCUGCAAGGCCACCAGCAAUGAAACCGCCAAAUUGAUAUUCUCCAAUCGCUAUUAUAUUAGACAAGUCGAUAUGCGGGGCAAUGGUUCCAUACUCAUACAUCAGUUAUCUAAUGCUGUGGCUCUAGACUUUGACUGGGGCUCAAAGUGUCUAUUUUGGUCGGAUGUUACCUCAACAGUGGGUAUGAUAAAACGUUAUUGUACGGUGGAAAAUAAGACCACUACCUUACAUCAAGCCAUGCUAAAGAAUCCUGAUGGUUUGGCUGUAGAUUGGGUGGCCAAAAAUCUUUAUUGGUGUGACAAGGGUUUGGAUACCAUCGAGGUGUCCAAAUUAGAUGGCCGCUAUCGCAAAGUGUUAAUAAAUGAAAAUCUACGAGAACCACGAGGAGUGGCUUUGGAUCCUUUCAACCGCAAUCUGUUUUGGUCGGAUUGGGGUGAUAAUCCUCAUAUUGGCAAAGCCGGCAUGGAUGGUUCUAAUCCCCGAGUUUUAAUACGUGAAAAUAUGGGUUGGCCAAAUGCCUUAACACUGUCCUUCGAGAGCAAUCAACUGUUUUGGGGAGAUGCCAGGGAAGAUACAAUUUCCGUUUCCGAUUUAGAUGGCAAAAAUAUAAGAGUUAUUAUGGCACGCAAACUGAAUCCACUACUGAACUUGCAUCACAUAUUUGCCAUAGCUGUGUGGGAGGAUAAAGUUUUCUGGUCCGACUGGGAAACAAAGUCCAUAGAAUAUUGUAACAAAUUCACAGGUCAAAACUGCUCUACCUUAAUUACCACCAUACAUAGACCCAUGGAUCUAAGAAUCUAUCAUCCUUAUCGACAACAGCAGCCACACACGGGUAAUCCUUGUGACAAGGCCAAUUGCUCGACUUUGUGUUUACUUUCACCAGAAGCUCCUUACUACAAAUGUGCCUGUCCCAAUAAUUUCAUCUUGGCCGAUGAUAAUAAAUCUUGUAUAGCCAAUUGUACAGCUGCCCAUUUCCAAUGCUCGCAGACCUACAAGUGCAUACCAUUCUAUUGGAAAUGUGAUACCCAAGAUGACUGUGGUGACGGCAGUGAUGAACCUGAGAAUUGCCCUCCCUUCCAUUGUGAACCCGGCCAGUAUCAGUGUAACAACAAGAAAUGCAUACAUCCUUCAGCCAUAUGUGAUGGUUCCAAUCAAUGUGGCGAUAAUUCAGAUGAGCAAAAUUGCGAUAAAUUCACCUGUUUCGAAAAUCAUUUGAAAUGUGAGGCCUCCGGUAAUACCACAGCCUUCUGUAUAGACAAUGUCAAGAAGUGUGAUGGCGUGCGGGAUUGUCCCAAUGGAGAAGAUGAAAGUGGCUGCACUCCUCUCAACUGUACGAAAAAUCAAUUCCAAUGUGGCAAUAAUCGUUGCAUGCCUUUUAUAUGGGUGUGCGAUGGAGACAUUGAUUGUCCCGAUAAGUCAGAUGAACUUAACUGUGAAAGAGUUUCCUGUGGUCCUAGUGAUUUUCAAUGUGGGUCCGGUCGUUGCAUACCCAUGUCUUGGAGAUGUGAUGGUGAGGAUGAUUGUCCAAAUGGUGAAGAUGAGCCACCUUCCUGUCACUCCUCGAAGGAGGAAUGUGAUCCUACCUACUUUAAGUGCAACAAUUCAAAAUGUAUACCCGGCAGAUGGCGCUGUGAUUAUGAAAAUGAUUGUGGAGAUGGCAGUGAUGAAUUGAAUUGUCAAAUGCGUAACUGUUCGGAAAGCGAAUUUAGAUGUGGCACCGGCAAAUGUAUUAAACAUGAUCACCGUUGUGAUGGUGAAAUACACUGUGAUGAUAGCAGUGAUGAGAUAAACUGCAAUAUUACAUGUAAAGAGCAUCAGUUUAAAUGUGCCGCCUUUAACACUUGCAUAAAUAAACAAUACCAGUGUGAUGGUGACGACGAUUGUCCCGAUGGCAGCGAUGAGGUCAAUUGUACUUGUCCUCAUGAUCAUUUCACUUGUAAGAAUGGCAAAUGUAUUAUGGCUCGCUGGAAAUGUGAUGGCUGGGAUGAUUGUACCGAUGGCAGUGAUGAAAGUUACGAAACUUGUGCUUUGGUGCAUUGCCAUGCCAAUGCCUUUAAGUGCUCCAAUCUGAAGUGUAUACGCAAGUCAGCUUUGUGUGAUGGUGUUAACGAUUGUGGCAAUAAUGAAGAUGAGGCCGAUGAGGUUUGUGCUGCUCUACCCAAGUGUCGCCAUGAUCAGUUCCAAUGUGAAAAUGAGGAUUGUAUAUCAAAAAUAUUCCGCUGUGAUGGACAGUACAAUUGUAUUGAUGGCUCAGAUGAAAUGAAUUGUCAGCCGCCAGUUUGUGGUUUUGGCACAUGUUCCCAGAUUUGUAUAGAAAAGAAGGCCGGUCAUUUCAAUUGUAAAUGUACAGAGGGUUAUUUCAAAGGAUCGCAUAAAAAUGAUACUUGUUUGGCAUCGGGACCCGAUCAGGUUUUGCUGCUUGCCUCGGAACAGGAAUUCCGUUUUAUUUUGCCCGCCAAACAAGAAGGCACCACUGUUGUGGGUUUCUUCCAAACUGACAGCUUAAAAAUUGAUGUUUUCGAUAUUCUCAUUAGACCCAAGGAUACUUUACUGUUCUGGAUCGAUUCUCAUCAUGGUAAAGUGCAUACCAUGAAAAUUGCCACACCUAAUACCGAAGUAACGGCCGUAAGAGUAAGAAGAGACCUUAAGGAAUUGAAGGCAUUUGAUAUACCCGCCUUGGAUGAUCCCAAAUCAUUGGCCAUAGAAUGGGUUACCCAGUUGGUGUAUAUAAUCGAUUCACGUCACAAUGAAAUCAUUGUCACCGACAUAGAUGGCAAGAAAUAUGCCUCACUUGUGUCUACCGGCUUAAAUCCCACCGAUAUUGUGGUGGAACCAGAAUCACGCAUUAUGAUUUGGUCGACUUUGGAAAAUGGCAUCUUAAUGGCUUCGCUGGAUGGUCAAAAUAAACGAAGUCUAGUGGAACGUGAUGUGGGUUGGCCCAUUAGUUUGGCCAUAGAUUAUCCAACAGGCCGUUUGUAUUGGGCGGAUUAUCGUAAGGGCACUGUUGAAACAUGUCGCUUGAAUGGCAAAGAACGAAAUGUGGUUAGACGAUUUUCGAAUAAAGAAAAACCCCAAAAAAUAGAUGUGUUUGAGGACUAUUUAUAUAUUAAAUUAUAUGAUCAAAGUAUUAUUAAAAUGAAUAAAUUUGGCAAUGACAAUGGCACUUAUUUGCUUAAGGGUUAUCGAUCCUCAGAUAUUGGUAUUUUACAUCCACUCAAGCAAAAUCGUAAUAUAACAAACCCUUGUGCCAAGGAACCUUGUAAACAAAUGGGUUCUUUAUGUAUUCUAAGCACUGAAACCGACAACGGUUACAGAUGUAAAUGUCCCAAGGAUUAUCAUGAAGCCAAUGGUAAAUGUGUGGCGGAUCAUGCUACCAUACCAGACUAUUGCCCACUUAAAUGUAAUCUAGGCACUUGUAAACUCAUCAAUCACAUACCGAAAUGUGUCUGCCAGCCUCAAUUUGAAGGAGAAUUCUGUGAACAUUAUCGCUGCUCGAAUUAUUGUAAAAAUUAUGGUCUUUGCAUUAUAGCACCACAAAUACCGGGUUCAUUGGAACCACCACCACUCAAAUGUAGCUGUACACCGGGUUGGUCGGGUCCACGUUGUGAAACAUCAGUGCCAGAAUGUCAGUCACGUUGUCAUAAUGGUGGCGUUUGUCUGAUAUCAGACGAACACAUGAAAUGUACCUGUCCGCCCAUGUAUAUAGGGGAACAAUGUGAGCAUUGUGUCAAUCUAACAUGUGCAAAUGGUGGCAUUUGCCGAGAAACGCUAACGGGUACAACACAAUGUGAAUGUCCAGAUGGCUUCACCGGUAAACGUUGCGAGGUGGAUGUUUGUGCUGGUUUCUGCAAGAAUGGUGGCAUUUGUAAUAUAGGCACCAAAGGCGGACCACAAUGCCAGUGUCUGCAAGGUUUCUAUGGCGAACAAUGCGAAUCGGAUUCCUGUGCCAACUUUUGCCUCAAUGGCGGUAUAUGUGCUGAGAAACAACAAAUGCUAAUGUGUACCUGUUCCGAGCGUUAUGUAGGAGAUCGUUGUGAAACUGAUUUAUGUAAAACUACAAAUCCACCGCAGUUCUGUGAUGCCUCAGAAAUUCCCCUACGCAAUCCAUGUACUGGCAUUAUUUGUCAAAAUAGCGGCACCUGUCACGUCAUCAAAACCGUGGCCAUGUGUAAUUGCACAGAUCAAUGGAAUGGCGACUUCUGUGAGCGACCCGUUGCCGAAGAUAAUCCCUGUAUACGCUAUUGUCAAAAUAAUGGUGUUUGCCAUUUGGAUGCGUAUGCGAUACCGCAUUGUUCGUGUAUUGGUGAGUGGGAAGGUGAUGAUUGUGAUGUACCACCCUCCUGUGUGGGCGAGUGUGGUGUUUGUCAGACGGGUAGUUCCAUAAAUGAGUGCAAAUGUGAUGAUGGUAGAGUAACCACUUGUUUGGCUGACAGUGCCAAUGCCUUAAGAAGUGAAACAGAACAUUCCGCCAAUAUUAUGUCAAUUAUAGCCAUUAUUUUGGCUAUAGCUAUUUUAGUGCUGGCUCUGUUCGGCGGAGGUUUAUAUUUUUUGAAAAAACAUCGCAUAUCACAACCCUUCUCACAUGCCCGUCUUACGGAAAAUGUUGAAAUUAUGCUUACAAAUCCCAUGUAUCGAGGAGAUGCCGAUGAUACUCCCGCCUUUGUGCACGAAGAUGAUAAGGGCAAUUUUGCCAAUCCUGUUUACGAAUCAAUGUACGCCGAUGCCAUUGUUGAGCCGGCUGUAGUGCCGGAAAAUAACCUAAGUACAGCACCGGACGAAAGAAAAGGUUUGCUACAACAUUCACACGAUGACAACAAUACACCCGAUAUUCUCUGAUGAUUGACAUCACAUGAAAUUUGUUAAACUAUUUAAAAAAAAAAAAAAUAACUGAAAACACAUUCGAAAACGAGAUGAAAACAAAAAAAAAAUUAAAAGAAUUUAUGCCAUUUAAUUAUAGUCAUAUAUAAGUUUAAAGUUUAAGAACAAAAAGAAAAACAAAACAUCACUCUCUUCCUUUACUUCCCCACCCCAUUUCCCACUGCCUUUUAAAAUAACUUGUAAAUUUUUUAAACAAACUUUUCCUUUUAACCUAUCCCACCUCCUUCCAACAUGAGAUAAUAACGAACAAAAAAUCUUUAUGAAAAAAACUCAAUUAUCAAAGAAACCCAAGCAUUUCUGGAAAACAAACAAAAUGUUUGUUAAACAAAAAAAAAAAAAAGCGCAACAAACAAACAUGGACUGAUAGUAUAGUCAUUUCAAAAACAAAACAAAAAUUAUAAUUGUACACCUAAAGAAAAAAACUAAACAACUAUGUGUAAUAUUUAACAUUUCAAUUUAU